GCGGGCGGCUUCGGCUCGGCUUGUCUGCAGCCGCACUCUGGCGUGAAGAGCUCCCCUGUUCCGUGCGCGCGCAGAGGCGGCUCCCUCAGUCCGGGCUGUGCAGACAGCGCUGAGCGAAGCGCUGCACCUGAUCGCGCUUCGCCGAGAAGGAGAAAGAGAGCGAGAGAGAGCGAGCGAGCGAGCGAGUAAGAGAGACGCCGGCUGGGUUGGGUUGGGCUGGGCUGGGCUGAGCUGCGGAGAGACAAAAGAAGAGCCAGGCAGCCCCCUCGAGGUUCCCGCGGCUGCCAUCACUCGGGUUGCUCGCCGCACCCCUCGUUGGCGGACACUUGCUGCUGCUGGGGAAGGAGCGGGGCGGCUGCAACUGAAGGACCCCCCCCCAAAAAAAAACCACCUCCUUCGUUCCAUGGCCGAGCAGCCCUGAGGCGUGCGGCGGCGGCGGCGGCGGCUGGAGCUGGAGCCCCAAAGAGAAGCGCGCGAGCCCCCGCAGCCGCCCCCGCGGGCGCUUUCUCUGGAUCUUCCGCGGGAUUCUCGCCUCGGCGGCCGGGCGGCGCACGAUGCGCCCUGCUGCUCUCUUCUGAUCGCCAGCCCCACCGCGAUGAUCUCUCCGGAUCAGCAGCAGCAGCAGCAGCAGCAGCCCAACCAUGUCGUGGCGACCAUUGAAAAUCUGCCUCCCGAGGGCAUCGGUGGUGGCGGCGGCGGCGGCGGCGGCGGCGGCCGGAGCUGCAUCUCCGCCCCGCCUUCCUCCAGUGUGAGCCAGAAGAUCCGUAAAGUGUUUAACAGGGAGCUCCUGUUAUCUGUAGCUUUGGGGCAAGUCUUAUCCCUGCUGAUCUGUGGUAUUAGCCUAACCAGCAAGUAUUUGUCAGAUGAUUUUCAUGCCAACACUCCUGUCUUUCAGAGCUUUCUGAACUACAUUCUCCUAUUUUUGGUCUACACCACAACAUUAGCUGUUAGACAAGGUGAAGAAAAUUUAUUGGCAAUCUUAAAACGAAGAUGGUGGAAGUACAUGAUCCUUGGAAUAAUAGAUAUAGAAGCAAAUUACCUGGUAGUUAAAGCUUAUCAAUAUACCACUUUUACUAGUGUACAGCUCCUAGAUUGUUUUGUGAUUCCAGUUGUGAUCUUACUUUCUUGGUUCUUCCUCCUGGUGCGAUACAAAGCAGUGCACUUCAUCGGGAUUGUGGUGUGCAUUCUGGGCAUGGGCUGCAUGGCAGGAACAGAUGUUCUUGUUGGAAGACAGCAAGGAGCAGGAGAAAAUAAACUGAUAGGUGAUCUUCUAGUACUAGGUGGGGCCACUCUCUAUGGCAUCUCCAAUGUCUGUGAGGAGUACAUCGUACGAAAUCUGAGUAGAGUGGAGUUCCUAGGGAUGAUUGGACUCUUUGGUUCCUUCUUCAGUGGAAUUCAGCUUGCUAUAAUGGAACACAAAGAAUUGUUAAAAGUUCCCUGGGACUGGCAAAUAGGAUUACUGUAUGUUGGCUUUAGUGCCUGCAUGUUUGGCCUCUAUAGCUUCAUGCCUGUGGUGAUUAAGAAGACGAGCGCUACAGCAGUCAACCUCUCCCUUCUUACAGCAGAUUUAUACAGCCUUUUCUGUGGAUUCUUUCUCUUCUACUACAAGUUUUCAGGACUUUAUCUGCUGUCAUUCUUCACAAUCCUUGUUGGCCUUUUGCUGUACUCCUCUACAUCCACAUACAUUGCCCAAGACCCCCGGGUGUACAAGCAGUUCCGAAAUCCUUCAGGACCUGUUGUAGACUUGCCAGCCACUGGGCAGCUAGAACCUUCAGUAACAUACACCAGCCUCGGCCAAGAAACGGAAGAAGAAUCUCAUGUCCGUGUUGCCUAAACUCAGGCCUUGCCACCCUUGGUGGAGUUUGUAUCACCAUUAUCUCUGUAUCAUUCAUAGAGAAAGGUAUUUUCCGGAUGCAGUGACUCUAGUCAGCUGCAAGGUAGCAAAUCGGGGAGGUUUAUUAAAAACCAUCAUCACCAUUAAAAUCUUUCCAAGAAUGCUUGACUAGGAGCUGUAAAUUCACAAUCCUUCACUUGGAGCAGUGCUUUUCAGUCUAGAAAUCUUAACUAAGGUUUUCUUAAGGAGACGUUAUGAAAUGGCAGGGGAACUUUCCGGAAGGACAGUUUGCCUACCUCAAAGCCUCCAUUUGAAAUGGAACCCAUCUGUAGUUAUAGAGGGCACGUUUUAGUUUACAUGAGGCAAACAGACUUGGCCAUAGCCUUAUCUGAACCGAAAAUCCAUUCUACAAUAUGCCGUGAGACCCUUCACAAUGUGCUGGAGAAAUACAGAAGUAGAUUCUGAAGGGAGCAGGGGAGGAGAAAGGGAAAAAUCACAAGGAAACUGGUAGGCAGGUAUCUCCCAGUGUCACUUUGCUAACCUGUAUACCUGUAAUUUAGAACACUGAACCACAGUACAAUAUUAAGGCUUCUGAAGAGAAUCAAUAUGAUUUAAAAUUGCUCUGAUUCUUGGCAGAAAUGCCAUUCAAUUCAAAAGAUACUAUGCAUUUUUAAAUGUAUUUUGCCCAAAGAUAGAGGUGAAAUCCAAUUUUUUCCCCUACCGGUUCUGUGGGUGUGGCUUGGUGGGCGUGGCAGGGGAAGGAUACUGCAAAAUCUCCAUUCCCUCCCCUCCUGGGUGAAGGAUAUUGCAAAAUCUCCAUUCCCACCCCACUCUGGGGCCAGCCAGAGGUGGUAUUUGCCGGUUCUCUGAACUACUCAAAAUUUCCACGACCGGUUCUCCAGAACCUGCUGGAUUUUACCCCUGCCCAAAGACUGAUUUCUUGGGAACACCAUAUCUAACAAAUAGGAUGAACUUUGUAAGAUAAUUCUUCAUUAAGCUAUAUUUUUUCUGACCAAACGGUGAUCAAAAUGACACUGGUAGAGUAUUUUCCACUGUUACUUUUUUUUUUUUCCAUUCAGAAAAUAAAUGAAGUCCUGAGAAAUAUUUUUGCGCAGUUUUGUCUAGAUGGGCUUUAAAAAGAACUUCAGUGCAGGUGAUGUUGAUGGGGAAAAGGGAUGAAGUGGGAAUUGAAUACCACAUGAGAAUUGGACCAGUUGACUGGAUGGGUGAGCUUCCGUUUUUUACAACCUCUAGAACUCCCCCCAGUCCUUUUGCUGUGCUCUUUCCAAAACAAAAAACAACCCUCACCACCCCCCACCUUUACCUGCAGAAAAAGAUUCGGAACAAUGUCAAAUGCUCCAAUCAAGGGGUAAAUUCCAGUUGGGGAUCUGGAAAUUGACUACAAGUCCCCAAAUCCUUGUCAGGAAAAUUUACUCUGCAUACCAGUUUCCACCAACAAUGGAUACUCUUCCUCAGUGACAGUGAUAAUUUCUGGAACAUGGAUGCCAAAUUUGCAUUCAGGUUCCAGGUAGCCAGCAAAAAAAGAGAGAGAGAGAGAGAGAGAGAGAAUGCUGUCCAUCUUUUAAAAAAAAGCUUGGCUCUGCUGCUCCUUAUUUCCUCUUUUUGAAGAGAAAGAGGCAGGCUUUCAAUAGGACCUGUUUAGCGUAAGUUUGAGUGAAGACUUGAAAACUUGAAUAUUUUCAGGAUGAAUGUAGAUUUGUUCACCAGUUGCUAAUGGAAAGGGAUUAGAAACAUGGGAAGCAAGAAAAGCUGGUAAAUAACACUUAAUGCAACAAGGGAAAUGUCUAGCAGGGCCAAAUAUACAUAGAUACUACCAAUUUUUGUCCAGUUGAUGUACACAGAAUCUAUACCCUAGUGCCAUUGUGUUCAUUCAGCUACCUUAGCUACCUGGUUGCCCAUUCUCUGAAGCCUUUCUCAGCCUGGGCCCUCCUGAUGUGAUGGGCAGAAUUCUCUCACCUCUAGCCAUGCUGCCUAGGAAUUUCACUCCAAUGCCUCUUGAAGGGCUGAGGUUGGUGAAGAUGGCUCGGAAAAAGUUCUGGGAAGCCAUGGAUGGACAGCUACCAGUAUCCAUCUCUAUUCUAAGAAUAGGUUGAAAAGAAACUUUUUAACCUUUUUUUAAAAUAUGUGCAUAAUAGUAUAGUAGUCAAACACUGACUUUUGAAAUAUUUUUUACAGUAACACUGUGGGCAGCUGAGAUUUGCUGAUAACAUAAUUACAUUUCCACUUUCAGUGUCUUAACCUUACAGAUACCAAUAAGUUCCUUUCUCUUCGCAAAUUUAGUUGCUGUUAAGAAAAAGAAAUUGAAUAUUUUUGUAGACAUUCUGUCCAAGAGAGGAACACAGGAAUAGCUGACCUAUGCUGCUCUCAUUCACAAUCUGAUGCUGGCUAGGUGUGAAUUGUUUAGAACUCCGUAUAUUCAAAGUCUUUAUGCUUAUUCCAUAUUUUUUUUGGGAGGGGGAGAUCUACGACUGAUGUUUCUUCUGAAUCUUGGUCCAUUGUUUUUACUUUGAAUCAAUAAUCCAUUCCUGGUUCCAGAUUCAAUAGCUGCUUAGAUCCUUAGUCUUCUAGUACAGAUUUGCACAUUCCUUUCCUUAACAAAAUUCUUAUGAUUGUCACUGCUCAGAGACACAUGCAUUAUGCUUCAAACUGGUUAAUUAAAAUAUAGCUUCAUUUCCUGGUUAGGAAAAGCAUGCAACUGUUUUUUCCUCUGUCUGCAAAAUUAAUUUAUCAACUCGGUAGUAGCUUUGUUUCCCUCAAGAAUAUUGGCCAAAGUCAUUCUUUUAUCAUUACGUAUUCAGAAAUGUAAUCAUCUGAAUGAAGUUGGUGACUCAACAGUUCUCAAGGUGCCACUUCUUCCCAACUACCGUGUUUUCCCGAAAAUAAGACCCUGUCUUAUAUUUUUUUGAACCCUGAAAUAAGUGCUUGGCCUUAUUGCCAUGCGCUCAAAAACCCGAUUGGGCUUAUUAUCAGGGGAUGUCUUAUUUGGGGGGGAACAGGGUACCAUAGAACUGACCUCACUUGGGCAGGAUUCCAUUUACAUAACUGGGGCCUUGGCUUAAUUAUGGCUACAGUUCUUACAAAGAAAAAGAGGUAUAAUACUAAAUGUUCAUAGUGCUAUAAGCAAUACUAGAACCUUCUCCUGUCUUUUAACAUCAGAACAAAGAUACUCCUGUGAUUUACGAGUCUUGAAGCUGAACCAGAAACAAAAUGCAGAUUUCUUUAGAGCCUCUAGUAGUCCUUGAAAGAAAAUCGGGAUAGCUGUUUGUUUCAAUGAUAGGAAAGCUUUUUGAAAUAGGUUGUUAGAAUGGAAGAAUCAAAUAACUUCUUUUAAAGCUUACUCUUUCUGCACAGUUGAACACAGUAAUCUACUAGGGCUGUGCACAUUUGAAAAAUGAAUCAGAACAAGUAUUUUGGUUCUCCUAUGGUAUGAAUACAGCCUCUCGAUGCUCUUCAUUAGAGCAAACCUGAUUGGCUGGUUUCAGGUUUCUGAAUUAUCUUGGGAAAAAGAUACAUCUGCUUCUUUUUAGAUGCACUAAUUUAAUUAUUUGAUUCAUUAAAAUCAGCAGGAUCUUUUUUUUAGACUAACUCAGAAGCCUGAGAAAACAUACGUUUGUUUUAAUAAGUGGCAAAGAGCUGUUGUGUUUGCAAGAAGUCAUUUUUUCCUAAUAAUAUUUGAAGCACUCUCAGUUUUAUAAAAAAAUAUUAUUUUACCUACCUCAGAAGAAAAAAGAACAAACAGAUGAGACUACAGAGGUACUGAAUAUUUCCUCAGUAAGCUGAAUUUGCCAAGGAACCUCUUUCUUACAUUCUUAGUACUGAAAGCUUGCAGUAUACAGUACAGUAGUUCAAAGUAACCUACUGCAUUUUUAUGUGUGAAAAUUACAUUCACGAAGUCCAUUCUUUUAAAAAUUUAUCUUCAUAAUAACCCUAAUUCCUAUGAGAGCUGUAUGUUAUGGCACUACCAUCAUGCAUUGUUCCAUUCUAGAAUUCCAAUAUGCAUACGUACAGUAUCUUCGGCAGUACAGAACUAGGGAUUUGCACAACUUGAAAAUGUUUUCUUUCAAACUCAAAACAAAUCAUUGUUUUCAGGUAGUUCUACUGAACCAUUUUGCAUUAGCACUGAACAAGAAGGAAAAAAAAUCUGAAACAUAUGGUUCUUCUGACUUUCAGCCCAAAUAAAAUCCGAACAAAUCCCAUAGUGAUUUUUUUUACAGGGCAAAGAGAAUCAGAGAGGUAUACAUUGCGUUCCGUCUUCCAUUAUCCUCCAUGUAGCCAAUGGGCUACACAGCACUCUCUUUCUCCUUCCUAUCUCUCUUCAGCCCACAGCUAAUAUCUUGCCCUCAUCCCAAUAUUCCCAGUGUUUUCCCUUUUCUUUCCCCCUCCAGCUACCUUCAACGUUUGCAUACGCUACUGCCAGAGAAAUCCCUCAGUCUUGACUUUUUCCUAUUCUUAAAUUCUCCAAUCAAUUCUGCCCAGAGGAACCAUGUUCAGUCCAUACCCAGAAUAAAACUGUCCCAUUUUUUUUUCUCUAUGUUGACCAAAAUACAUGAUAUUUUGAAAUACAUGAUAUGGUCACAGCAUAAACCACGUGAAAUAAACUACUUCAUGUGCAAAACAGUAUGCACAGGGAGCAUUUUAUACACUCCUCUUUGCAAUUGAAUGCCUUCAGUUACACUCUAGCAUCAACUCUCCAAUAACAUGACCAAUGGUGAGAGAUUAUGGGAACUGUUCAACACAUCUAGAGGUAAGUUUGUUCACACUGAUUCACUUAUUUUAUCGUUCACGUGGCCCCCAUUGGUUUUCUGUGCAAAGAAGAAUCCAAUUGUGAACUGUCUUGGCAGCUUUUCUCACCCAGCUGCUAUCCAAAUAUAAAACUAGAAAUUCCAUGAUCUGACCAAUUUGGUUGGGAAUCCUGGGAGCUACAUUCUCAGUAUAUCUGGGAGAUGCCAGGUUGGGUCAUUCUGAGGUAACUGGGUGGAAGCAAUAGCCGUUUGCUUAACCAAUGCUACCAAGUGGCCUUUUUCCCCCUGUUUCGUUUGGUAUACAAAUCAAAUUAUUAAGACUAUUUUGUAAAUUAUUCGGUGACAAAGAUUCUGUACUACUUUUUACAACUGUCUUUCACAAGUUGGGUGACAUAUACUGCUGUGCAGAGGAGAGGGGUGAAAUUAGAAAUCUCAGCUAUAAAAUUGUGCAAAAUUGCCAUUUCUUUUAGAAUCAGAAUGUUACUGCCAGGUGAUCGUUUAUAUACUGUAUUUAGAGCACAUGUUAUUCCUGACGGGGUACAUGAGUUCCAGGCACUGCUUAAAUAUCACCAAUAUAAUAACUUCAUUGUGGCUUAAAUAUUGGCUUGACUCAUUAUAUCAAGGCUCUCUUGAUAAAUGUAGGCUUUAAUUCUGAAUAUGCUUGGAUGUAUCUAAAGAACAGGGUUUAAGUGUGUUCAGGGGCCUUAACUGUUUUCUCAGGUUUCAAAAAUCAGAAGUCAUCUGAUGAGCAUUGCCAUCUCCCAGUCCUUUUUGCUACCUUUUAUACCAAUUAAAUACCUUUCUCUGAGUCUGUGGUCCCAUCCUUGAUCUUAAUGACUUUUUGAAGAACUUAUGCCUUUAUUUUCUUGCUUAAGCAUUUGUCUUUCAUAACUUUUGAGGACUUUUAUUUAUAGUAUUUAUUUUGUAAGCCAAAUGUUGUUGUAGGUUCUCUUUUAAAAAAAAUAGCUCAUUCUUAUGACACUAAUUUGUAGAUUACUUUCUGUAGAAGCAACCUAGAUGAGAGGCAUCACUCAGUUCCUUCAAAAGUGUUCUUACUGAAAUAGAGCAUUGCAAAGUGCAAUCUUUCAAAGGUUGGAUAACCACCAUUGACAGCUUCAUCUCCCCCCCCCCCACCCCCAAAAAAUAUUUAAAAUUAUUCUUUUGCAUGGGACAAGGAGAAUAGACAAGGGAGGUGGAAGACUGGAAUGUUUAAGAAUGGAAGCUGCCUUAUAUUAAAUCAUUAUUGCUCCAUUGAACCCAAACAAUGUUUUUUUUCUGGUUGGCAGCAAAUCUCGGGCAGAGGUCUGCCAGUCCACUGAGCUCCUCUAUCUGCAGACAAUGGAGUUUGACCUCCCUGCCUUCUGCUUAGAAGUCACACAAUCUGCUCUUGGGCAGUAGGCUUUUCUAAUUCUUCUACAAUUGAACAAUGUUGUUAAACAUAUUUAUUGCCUAAAAUGAAAUGCCAAGAUAAAUUGAUUGAUGCAUAAUGAAAAGCAAGGUCCAUCUGAGUGAGUUAUUGUCUGAACAGCUGAUGUCUUGCCAUUUUAAGAAUUUUGGGGAGGGGGCAUCAGCAAAGCUCUUUUGGUUCAGCAAGUAGCUACCCUAUCAAUGUAGCCAUUGACUUCUUUGGAAAGUGGAUGGACCAGUUCCUGGAGGUGAAAAGGUAUUCAGCUAUCCUGACUGUGCUGAUAUAGUUCAGUAAUUGAAUGGAAACUGUAGCAACAGUUUGGUUUGUCUUCGACUUGAGAACUCAAGAAUACAAUCAGCAACCAAGACAGACCAAUCAAUUGAUGUUUUACAUCACUGUGUCAAAUGAAGAUGCUUCCGUACAUAGUUUUAGAUAUUGCUAACUUGUGCCAUUAACAUUUCAACCAGUGUGUCGUAUUUUCUCUUUUUUAAAAUGACAUUAGUAUUCUCAAGCUAGCUAUAAAUAUCAAUUUUACCCCAUGGGUAGGAUUUUAAUUGUUAAAUGCCAUAAUAAAAGCACACUAAUUUUGACACUUACAAAUGGAAGUAAGAACCAAAAACAAGGAAUGUCCACAAUAUUCACUAAGAACGAAUUAUCUUCUGUUUUGAUAUUUGCAUGCUCCAACAUGGACUGGCUGUGGCAAUGUAAUGCCUGUAUAAUGUUUUCAAAUAAAAGAAAAGAUAAUCCUUUA